AUGGCUGCAAUAUUUCUUGCUCAUUUAAUAGAAAGUGGUAUUCAAAGUAUUUUAUCAUCAGAACAAAUUUAUGGUAUUGAAACACUUCCUCUUCCACUCUUCAAUGGAUCACAUACACUAUUCCCACAAUGCCGGUCGUCAUUAAAAACAAAAGAAGGCAAUUAUCAUCCUUUGACAACACUUCGAUAUGAUAAAGAUUGGGCGGUGAUAGAACCAACAAAUGAGGAAUCCACGGACAAGGAGUAUCGCCAUGUCAGUGUUGUACGCCAAGAGAAAAAUAAACGCCCGAACAAAUCACCUCUCAAUACAUCAGACACAGAGAAAAAUGAUGUUUAUAAUUGCUGGAAAGCGAGUGCAAAACGAGUGAAACUAGCUGAGAACGCAUGCCGAGAUAAUAAUUUGACAUAUACUCAACCACGCAUGGUUUACUUUGUCGUAUCGGAAAAAUACAAGUUCAUGUUCAAAUUGAUGCCCAAAGUGUCAUCCACAACGUGGAAAAACUUCUUACCGAUUAUAGAUCCAGAGUGCUUUAAGAGUUCAAAAGAGAUGGAAUUGAACCUCACUAUAACAGAUGUGGAGAAAUAUACCAAAAUAAUCUUCUUUCGAGAACCACUGGAAAGACUGGUGUCAUUUUACUAUAAUAACAUACAUUACACGGCAAACCAAUCUAGCCAAAAUAAGCAAUACGAUGAUCUCAUCAAGAAAAUUGGACUACGCAGUCACAGCGUGAUAGCACAUAAUCCAAAGGGCAAAGAAAUAUAUAAUAUAACAUUUAUAGAAUUUGUAAAGAUGGUCAUUCACCACCAUUCCUAUGGGGAAUAUAUGCCACUCGGUGGGCAUUUAGUGAAACAAUAUCAAAGAUCAUAUGUAUGUUCAUUUAAGUACGAUUUUAUCGGUCAUUUUGAACAACUAGGCGAGGAUGCUGCGUGUGUUCUUGAGUUGAUUGGCCUUGAUAAUAUAUAUCGUUUCCCAGACAUCCAUGCACAGAAAGGCAAUUUGAGAUACAAAGAAUCUCUGGGAAGUUUACCUAAAUAUGUUCUCGAAAGUCUUAUUGAAGUGUAUCGGUUAGAUUAUGAAAUUUUUGGGUACAGAAUUCCUACAUUUGAAGAGUUUAAGUUCAAGCAGGGAUUGUAA